AUGGUCACACGUGCACUGCAGUACUUCAAAGGUGGGCAAGUCUAUCGGCCAACACAGGCGGAAUGCGCUGCCACUAUUGGAGGACAUGGUUGGCUCGUCGCUGGCAUUGGUUAUGAAGGCAACAGUCCUUAUUACAUCAUUAAAAACAGCUGGGGAACUUCGUAG